AUGGUCGAUAUCCUAGGGUCCACUGUGGUAGAUGCCUUUGUCAAGGAACUUCAGAAACAAUUCAGGACCAAUACUUUUCUGUACAAUGCUCAUUUUGUCGAUGUUAUGCAUGGAGGAAGUGCCUAUGAAGCUCUCUCUGUUAAGCUCAAGACAGACUUUGACAUCAUCAUUGUGCUGCCUGAUCCAUAUAUAGGACAAAACUUUGAGAGCCAUGAGCAAGUCAAAACAAAUGGAUUGGAAAAAUGUGUGAGCAACGUUCAUGCACCUGGAGUGAGAGAAGCAACUUACAGGUUAGGUCUGGCUGCCUGCACAGUAACACUCAAAAAAUUUAACAACACCAUCAUCAGUAUUGACUUGGCUCCACAGAUUGCAGUUCGAGACUGGAAGAGCUCACACCUGGUGAAACUUCAGAGCCUCCCACAGUCACUACAAAGCUACAUCUCAACGCUUGAAAGGAAUUGUUCACCCAUUUAUUUCUUCUCUCCAGCAGUACCAGGAAAUGCUGGAAACAAAGAUUAUCUCUGCAAUAUUUCAUUUUCCAUGCUGGAGAAAGAGUUUUUGAAGUCAAAUGUGAAGGUGAGAGACAUGGUUCGACUGGUGAAGCUGGUUGGAGAAGCUUUUCAGUGGCCAAAGAAGUUUGGUCUCAAGUCCUUCUAUAUUAAACGUCUUGCAGUCAAGUACUUUGACGAGUUGAAGAAUAAAACAAAAUGGGAUGGCUAUAAAUAUAUACUUGCAUGCCUCUACAAAGAGUUGCAGGAGACAAAGACUAUUGAUGGAUUUUUCGUCACUGAUCAAAUCACAUAUAAAAAGAAGCCAGAGAAUACCCCAAAAGUUUUCCCCAAGGACAUAAAUGUAGUUUAUCAUUUGAGCUCAACUGAUGUACAACAGAAAGUCAAAUUUGAUGCAUAGUACAUACCCACAAGUAAAAAUUGAAUCAUUUUAUAUAUAUA